AUGGCGCAUGACGGCGCAUGGCGGGCCAAAAAGCAACCGCUGCCGCUCCCGUUAGCUCCCGUACCUCCUGCCCACGAAAGGAAUUUGGCCAAGUUACAACGGGAUCUUCCGAAAGAAAUCGUAUUCUUCGACCCUCGUCGACGGGUGUAUCAUUCUCACGUCAACCUCAGUGGCUGGCGUGCCACCGAUACCUCACUCCAGCAACUCCAGCUCAACGAUUCUAAAGACAACCCAAUCAAAUCGUCUUUUCAUACUCUCACGGUGGACGGCAGUGCUCAUAUCUCGGUUCGGGGGCUUCUUUUGUUGCUGGAAGCUACGGCAGCAGGCGGCGGAGCGCUUCGUGCUCUUCGACUGUCCCAAUGCCAGUUGCUCUCUCGUGGAGGUGGUGAAGCACUUGAUGGAGGCCAUUUGCCACAUAUAUUGACGGAAUUGGAUGUUUCUUCCUGUGAGUGGGUGGACGACAAGUUUCUUCGCACCGUGGCGCGUUGCUGUUCUCUUCUCUCACAUGUGACUAUCGCUCACUGCCGUCGUGUCACGGACUACGGCGUCGCAGCCUUCGGCGAAAGCUACGCGGCUUCUCUAACCUCUUUGGAUGUGAGUUUUUGUACAAAGCUCACGGACACUGCGUUGCUUGCUCUAUUAGUGGGCUCCUCAUCGCAGACAGCAGGGCCAGGAGGAGCUCCGACGGUCGCAUCAUCAUCUUCAGCUCGUAUCCGUAUACUAAACAUUGCCGGACUGCCACUAGUUGAUGGGCUCACGUUGCUUGGCUUGCGUGGUCCCUGUGCUUCUCGUCUUGAAAGUCUGAAUAUGUCUGGCUGCACAGUACUGCGAGUAGCAGCUCUGCAGCGACUGGCGCGAGUACGAGCACUAGUACGCCUUAAGAAACUUGACCUCUCACGCUGCUCGCUCGUGAACGACCACGUUCUGACUGCAUUGGGCGCAGCAUGUCCGCAACUCGCAACCCUCCUACUCGCUUUCUGCUCAAGUAUCACCGAUUUCGGCAUUCGACGACUUUGUGGCUGUCGACAACUGGAAUCUUUGGAUAUUACAGGCUGUUUCCAGGUCACGAGUCGAGGAAUUUCAGCUCUUGGGGCGCGAUGUCCACAGCUGCGAUCGAUGACACUCGACGGUGUUCGAAGACUGAUUUUUUCGGGGAUACGAGCUUUACUUCACGGAUGCCGGAAGUUGCGUACUCUGCGGUGGAGCGGCAUUCUCGUGCGGAAUAGUCAAGAUGAAGCUGCCGUUCCUGGUGCUUGUGCUGCCUUUUUUUCAGUUCCUCAGCUAACUGACUCCACGGUUGCCGCCUUGACCAGCAGCGCAUUGAAGACUCUGCACAUUGGCACCACACAGUGCGAUACCGAUGCUCUAGCUUCCAAUCUGCUAGAAAGUACUAGAAAUUCGACAUCGCUGGUGAAGUCGCUAACCGAUCUGGACGUGACGUCUCUAGCUACAGACACGCUUUGCGAGGCACUGGGUAGUUGUUGCGUCAACUUGCGCGUACUUCGUCUCAGUCGGUCGCGAUACUUCUCGGCCACAAGUUUUUUAGCGGUGCUACGAGGCUGCCCCAGCCUUCGCGUACUGGAGCUUGAGAGCUGCGAACAGAUUUGUGACGAAUCAUUGAUAGCAAUUAGCAAGGCGCCGUGCUCUCCACACCUAGAGACGCUCGUCCUGGCGAACGACUGGCAGCUUACCGACACUGGACUAGCGUCAUUAUUGCGUCCGGCAACCAGCCUGUUCCGCUUAGAUGUGCGUCACUGCCCCGAGAUUUCAUUACCAGUGCUGCAAGCCUUGGCAGCUGCACGGGGACACAUCAGCGAAGCUACACGCGACGGAUUAACACCUCGCCAUCCUAAUGUCGUCGCAUUUUUGCGUCGUGAACGCAAACGCCGAGUAGCUGCACGAAAAAUCACUCGUUGGCUGCGCUGUGAGAUGGACGCCCGGGUGAGCGCAAAGUCCACCCUGGAGCGUACACUUGCGUAUUUUCGACGACAGAAGAUCACAGCAGCUCGAAUUCAGCGUUGGUAUCGCCGCAAGGCAGACCAAAGGAUGCAGCGUCGGCUGGUUGCUGAAGCUCGACGACUUCGAGUCGAGCAGUGCAAACUGUACUGGACGUGGGUGACAGCGCUUUGUGUGUUGAGUCGUCGGCUGCGAAUAUUCGUUCGGAUGUUUGUUGCUGCUCGUCAGCGUGCAGCGUUUGAGAAGGCCGAACUUCUUCGCAUGCUACGGGAUAAAUCUGCGACCGAGAUCCAGCGAAUAGUUCGGGGCUGGCUGGGACGGCGCAGAGCAGUUGAAGCUCGCCAUGCUCGGGAGCUUUGGAUAGAGCGACGGGCAGCAGCCGCGACGAAUGUUCAGCGCGUCUUUCGUGGACAUCAAUCUCGGAAAAGCACGACACAAAAGCGUCGAGAAUGCGUUGCCGAGAUGCAAAAUACCAUGAAACUGCGUGGCGCGAUUUUCGUGGCUGGACUGCACAUUCAACGCAUAGUACGUGGAUAUUUGGGGCGACAGUACGCCAAACGUUGCGCAGUGGCUGCGUAUGAGUUGCUUCAUCUGAAAAUCGCUCGAGCAAAGCACAUUCAAAGAGCUUACAGAGCUCACAUCGCGCGGGUGGCGCUUCGAAGGUUAAUUUUUGGUGGAGCCACCGCACUGCAGAAAGUUUUUCGUGGAUUUCGCGGGCGGCGUGAAGCUCGUGCCAUUGUACUUGGACGAGGCUACACAUCUCACCCACGGAUUCUCAUUUUGAUGCAGUAUUCCAUCUACACGCGCGAGCUUGCGGUGGCUUGGAAGUGCAAACGAGAUGCAGGCAUGACUAUCGCUCUCUCUUUGCAGCGGAUGUAUCGAGGGUUUUGUGGACGACGUGAUGUACGCUUAAUUAUGGCACGUAAGAGACAGCGCUGGUAUCUGGAAGACACUGGAGCUCGAACGAUUCAACAUUUCUUCCGCAGCAUCAUAAUUCUUGUGCGGCUUGCAAGGUUUGAAGCCCUCUUGUGUCUUCGACGACGCAGUGCAACGAAGAUCCAAGCAACGUGGAGGAUGUGGCUGGCCAAGGCAUUGACAACAGCUCGAAGACUUCGAAACGAUCGCCACCGGCAGCACACAGCAAUAUUGGACGCGAUCGCCUCUCCACAGCAAGAUCGUCGGCUUUUUCUCCAUCGUGGUGCUGUGCACUCGAUUGUGUCGCUCUACCGCGCGGCUUUGCUUGCACGUGGCUGGCUACCACCAACGUACAUCGCGAUACUGCACCGCUCGGCAACCAAGAUUCAGGCACUAGUGCGUGGUCAUUUCGGCCGCGUGUACACGACAUGGCUUCGACAUGAACUCACACGGGCGGUUAGCAUCGUCCAGCGUGUACGGCGAGGCAAGUUGGGGAAGAAAAUGUGGCGCUCGCUGAUGGGGGAGCGUCAGCAGCUUCGUCGAGCUCAGGAAGAAGGCGAUCGAGCUGCAUCGAUAGCACAAAAGCAGACAGCGCACCAUGCACUAGAAGCUUUCGAGCGUGAGACGCAACACGCCGUUGUGCUCCAGCGUUGGUUCCGGACACUGAAGAGCCGACAGGUGUUCCGUGAAGCUCGUGAGCAUCGAGAUCGACAAGCGCGUACUCGUGCUGAGAACAAGGUGGACGCGAUGCUUCGUAACGCAACGGAAAGCGUUGUAUUUCAGGCUCGCGUCUGGCGCGACUGUGUGGAUCGUAAAACUGAGCUGGUGGCACUGGAAGAAGAUCAAUGUGUUGCAAUGGAGAAGGAGAUUGAGCAGUUGAAAGAAGCGUGUAUUGACGCGCACGCGGGCUCGACUCAUGCGUCUCGAGAAUUUGUUGAGCUGUCGAAACGCAAGCACGAGUUCGAACGGUCUUGGGCGCGGAGAAAGAAGUGCACCAAAACAGUCAAGCAAUGCAUCCAACCGUUUGCCGUACGGGCUAAGCAGCUCACGAUGGAGAGUGCGCAAGAGUUGAAUGCCAAUCGGCAGCUUCAAAAGGAGAUAAGACGCAUCCGAACUGAGCUGCGGAAGCUCCAUGCAAAUUUGCGAGCUCGAUUACCACUGGAGCCUUUAUUACUGAGUCGGGACGUCGAGUCACUGUUGGCCGGACUGACUGGUGAGGGUUCGUCCGACAACGAAGGUGCUAAUCUGUCGAAGACAGCGUCAUGA